GAGUUGGGGGAAAGAGUUGCAUGUCAGAGUUGCCUAUUAGGCACCCAAGUGGAGAUGCUGAGUAGGCAGUUGGAUGUAUGCGGCUGGAACUCAGCGUAGAGGCUGGAGAUACGAGUCUGGGAGGCAUCUAGGUAGAGAUGACAUCUGAGGUCACAAGACUGGAAGGGAACGUGAAUGGAGUGUGAGUGGAUAAAGAAGAGAGGGCUGGGUUCUAGCCCUGAGACACUCUAAAGGGAAAAGAGGAAGAACCAGCAAAGGAGAAGAGAAGGGGUCAGGAAGCCACUCAAGAGAGUGGUUUCCUGGGCACCAAGUUUAGAAAGUGUUUCGAGGGAGGAGUGAUCCGCUGUGUCAAAUGCUGCAGAUAGGUCAAGAAAGAUGAGUAGAAGUGACUGUGGUGUUAGUACAGUGGAGGACACUGGUCCUUGACAGGGGCAGGUUCAGUGGAAAGGUGGAAAUUCCUGGGGCAGUAUCUCAGAGAACAAUGAGGGAGGGUAGAAUUCUGUGCACAGUUGUAGGAAUCGGUCUUAACAGGCAGUUCAUACAGUCAUAGGAGGGAGGCAAUUAGGUGGGUCCAUGAGAUGAUACGAACCUGUGAAUUUACUGAUCCCCAGGAUUUUUCUUAGUGAAAUAGGAAGCAAAAUCAUUAGCCAAGAAUAAGGAUGAAGAAGAAAGUGAUGGAGAUUUGAUGAGAAGAGAAACAUGACAUAAUUCUUUAGGAUGAUGGCUGGGGCCAGCUGAAGGAUGGUAUUUAAAACCCAGUUGAGCAGAAUGUGGCGAGCUACGUUUCUCCUUGAGAGGUUAGUCCCUCAAGGCGCUCGGUAGUCCGCGUCCGUUUCCUUGGAGACGGACAGCCCAGUCUCGCUGGAAAGUUUGAGCGGCCUAGGUUACCACGUGGUCCACGCUCAGACAAAAGAGUUGCAGAAGCCGAAUAAAUAGGCAUCGCAAGAGAUCGGAGCCCCGCGGACUCACGACUCUUCCUCCAUUUUCCCCAAUGGCCCAUGUCUUUCCAAAACCCAACCGCUCUGGGAUUCGCUCCACAGUCCACAACUUCCAGAUUCUGGAUUAUGUUCCAUGGCAGCGGUCCAAGCAGAAAACCAAGCCAUCUACUCUGCCUCCAGUCCUACAAUCCAGAGGCCACAAGAAGAGCAGAGUGAAGGCUUUGACUAGUGUCCCGCCAGCGUUGCAUUCCAAGUCCGCCACGUCGAUGACAAGCCAGCUGAGGCAGCCACAAGAAAUGCACAGAGAGAAGCUGGACUCUGGGAAGGCACAGGCCAAAAUCCGGCUAAUGAAGACGUUGCUCAGGAACGAGCGAAACUCACUCCAGGAGCUGUGCAGCCAUGAGGUCUUCCUCACCACGCUCAACUGGGAGCUGGUCAAGGCCAUCCAGGACAUGGAGGACAGCUCGGCCGUGAACGCGCGCGCGAUGCUGCAGCAGCAGGACAUCCUUGCGACCAUCGUGGACAUCUUGGAGCGCUCCAACAAGAAGAAGCUGCGGCAGCUGACGUGUGAACUGAAGGAGUGGGAGGAGAAGGAGGAAUCCAAGAUGAAGCACCUGGAGCAGCGGGUGGAACAGCUGAACGCCACGAUCGAGAAGACCCAGAAGGAAGUGAACUUCCUGAGCACGUACAUGGACCGCGAGUACCCUGUCAAGUCGGUCCAGAUUGCCAACCUUGUGCGCCAGCUGCAGCAGAUAAAGGACAGCCAGCAGGAUGAGCUGGAUGACCUUAAUGAGAUGCGCAGAAAGGUCCUGGAGUCUUUGUCUGAGCAGAUUCAGAGGAAGAAGGAAAAACUUCUGAGAUCUCUGGUGGUGAAAAACCAGCAGCGCCAUCAGGAGGCUCUUCUGCAGAACAUCCGGGAUGGCCAGGACAUGCUGAGAUGCACGGGCAAGUUCAGAGAAUUUAUCAGCCAGUUUGAGGAGGAAAUACCCAUCCUAAAGGCCGAGGUGGGGCGGCUCAAGGUCCAAGUCCAGGAGCCCCGAGAGACCGUGUUUGCGGAUGUUCUGCUUCGGAGACCCAAGUGCCCCCCAGACAUGGACGUCAUCCUCAACAUCCCUGUGGAGGAACUGCUCCCCUUCUAGAUGGCGGGCCAUGGGCCACCCUUCCCUCCCUGCUCUUUCCCCCAUACCUGGAGCCUUGACUUGUCUCCUUCCACGGCCACGUGUCCACUCAGACCCUGGUCUGCCCUCUCUCCCUUCCUCCCUCUCUUCCUUCCUUUCUUCCUUUCUCCCUCUCUCCCCCCACCCUUCCUCUCCUU